UGGCAUUAAAUAAUAAAUAAAUAAAUCACAACAUGUUAUAUGUAAGAUAAUAUGUGUAUUAUAAUGAACUUAUAAUCUGCUAUAAUAUGGCGGUCGUUCUGGACCAGGAACACAACUAGCUAUCAUGAAAUGAACACAACAGGAGGGUAAAUGCUACAGGCUACAAUGGCAGUUAGUGUAACGUGUUAUGUAGUGUUUCAGGCAACGACAUGGCUUCAGCUAAGUCUCACAAAGGCAUGAGUAAUGCUGAAUGGCUUGCGCGUCUGGAGAGUUUUGCCCAAACAGGAGUUUGGCCAUCUACACAGGGGAAUAGACCUUCUCCCCGACAAAAAAGAUGGCAUGAGAUGUAUCAGAAGAUAGAAAAGUGCCCUCUGCAAAUGAGGGGACAGACCACUCUUCUGAAGGAAGCUCAGACAUGUAUUUGUGGCUUUCACAAGGUUCAUCCACCAGUCACAGGGGAAGCAUCACAGAGCACCCCGGCCCAAAGCACACCCUCUGUCAGCGAUGUGUCAUGUCCUGCAAAGAGACCUAAACUGACAUUGUCAAUGUUUGAAAAGUCAAGGUUUGGAGGCUCACAUGUGGCAGCAGCAAAACCUAAUUUGAGCACCCAGAGGAAAACCUCUCAGAUGUUAGAGCACUCCAGUUCAGCUACAGUUUCAUGUCCACCCUCUGAUCCUCAUCCUCCUCCAUCCCCCAAACCUCAUCAGCCCGUCAUCCAGUCCUCCUCUUCCUUCUUCCUUCCUCCACCUCAGAGUUCACAACGCAUCAAAAAACAGCAACGCCAUCAACUGUUUCUGAGAAUACUGUUGUGA